AUUACUCUUUUAAGCAUAAUUUUUAUUGAUUUUUGUGUUGUUCGCUCAUAAUUUAAUUUUUGUAGAUGGACUGGUCGGGCCUCUUAUGUAAAAGCACCGGGGCAUUGCAUUGAAACUUUCAGAGAUCAGUUCUCAACAAUGCAUGCCAAUCAGUUUAUUUGGAGGCCGUAUGAAUCGCGAAAUCUGCCGGAUGUUUGUGUUGCCGGUCGUCCUAUAUGGACGUCGAUGACAACACUAAUCUGCUGGAAUAUGGUUGAGCCACACAUGCCACAACGGGUGUUGCGACAAUUUGGGAUUGUCCAACCUUAUAUCCCGAUUGUCGACCGGUUCCACGGAUCUGAUUUUACGAAACAGGAUCGACGUGGCAAAGCAGGUCGGAACUGGGUUCAGUGGCACGCCAAUCAUAUACAAGAUUGGCAUAAUAGGCACGACACGGUGUAUGUUGAUUUGGAGUACUCAUUGGUGCCUGUUGCUACUGAUGAGUACAUGGAUUGGUUUCGCCGGAUAACCGUGGUGUACCUAACAAAACCUGGGGUGCAUUCUCAUGAGGGCUUCCAUGAAACAGCGGCCUCUCAUCACUACGCGGUGGAGACCCUUCACAAAAUACGCCACUUUCUUAGGGAGCAAGACAUGUCAGGACCAGGGCUGAUAUGUGGGGAAGCUGAGACGAUGGACCACCGUCCUUCACAGCGCUCUGAGCUGGACCUUGACAUGCCCGUGCGGCAAAAAGCGAAGCGGCGUGGAAAGAAGAAAGUUGGUGGAGAGUCGUCAUCAUCAAGGAUGGAUACUCAGUUGGUUGAUGAUUCUGAUGACGAUUUUGUGGCUCCACCUCCACCAAGAUCUGCCGUGCGGGGUCGUCACUCUGUCAGCCACACGGGUGGUACAUGA